CCUUCGCUCAAUAGCAGCUGGUCGACGACCGAACGGAUGGACAUGCGAAUAAAUGCUUGCUCCUGACCGACAAACGGACCUGAUGAUGAAUUCCAAUCGCUUGGCUGUUUUCGUAGGAGCUUUGGUGUACCUGUGUGAUGGCAUGCACGUCAUGGUGCCGGAGAAGCAGCAGUACGCCAUGCUCUUCCAGUCGGUGGUCCUCCCUUGUCACUACCAGACGUCCUCCAAUCAGGCGCCGGUGGUGCAGUGGUGGUACAAGUCCUACUGCCACGAUCGUACCGGCGACUCCUUCAACCUGCCUCAGCGUCUGCUGAGUGCGCAGCAGGCUGACAAGUCCCACCUGGACUGCGCCGACCGGGGUCGCACGGUUCGGGUGGUGGCUUCAGCGCAAGGAUCGAGCAUGACGCUGGCUGAGCACUACAUGAACAGAGACAUCACCAUCAUAAACAAAGCAGACCUGCGUAUCGGGCAGGUCCAGUGGGGUGACAGCGGAGUGUAUUUCUGCAAAGUUGUCGUCUCCGACGACCUGGAAGGCACGGACGAGGCCCAGCUGGAGUUACUGGUGCUAGGCAGGACAUCUGAGCAGGCCGAUAUCCUACCUGAGUUUGAUGUGGAGAUUAUGCCAGAGUGGGCAUUUGUAGGCUGCGUGGCUCUGGGCAGCAUCUUGUUCCUGCUGCUGAUGGGUAUCUGCUGGUGCCAGUGUUGCCCACACUCCUGCUGCUGCUACGUGAGGUGCUGCUGCUGCCCCGACACCUGCUGCUGCCCUCGACACUUAUACGAGGCCGGGAAGAAGGCAAAGAGCGCGCCAGCCGCCCAAAUGCCAAUGUAUCCCUACUACAUUCCUGGUGUUCCCACCGUGGUGCCUCUUGCUCCACCGUCACACGUGGAGCCAAAGCUCACCACUAUUGCCUCUAUCCCCUCCAUGACUUCUAUACCUACUGUGGAAAAUAACCUAGCUGGAACCAACAGCCUGUCCGAACUCAGCUCUCUCCAUGAGGGAGGGAAUGCAGAUUUCAGACACACCUACCACACCGUCCAAGUGAAGGCGCUGCCACCCAUCGCCGACGCCGACGAUGAAUCGUCACUCAGAGCGCCUCCACGCGCAAAGAACCGAAGACACAGGCGGGAACGAGACAACUACUCUGACGAUGAACUGGACAGGAGAUGGAACGCUCGCUCAGAGCACCUCCAGAGGAAGCCUUUGAGCAGAAGGGGACGCACUGCCUCACUGGACGAGCUGGAGGAUUUUGCACGCUCUUACGAUUCCCGUAGCCGUCGGGCCGAGCCCCUUGUUGUUCGGGAUUGCAGCCCUCCUCCGAGAUGUCGCUAUAGAAAUGAAGAUGACAGCUGGGAUCGUGGCAGCCCUUUGCCACAGACGAGAAGAGGCACAUGGGAUGGUGAACUCACAUCCCGGACACCCUGUUACAGGGACUAUGAUGGCACUUUCCUCGCUCACGUGAUGGAGAGGAAAGCGAGAGGUGACAGAGGUGACGCACGACCGGAUGAGGACAGUGACACUCCCUCCAAAGGCAGCUCCAGAGGCAAGGGCGGCAACAGCUACUACAGCCGCUCACCUAGCAACCGUCCCGAAGAGGAUGACCCUCUGCCUCCGUACUCUGAGUGCGAGGCGGAGCGCUGGUACCGUACCAGAGAAUCUGUGAGAACCGAGCGAUGUGACACCGCACAGCCUGCCAUGAGGUCUUUCUCGCACGUGCGGUCGCAGCAGGGGAUGUCCCUACCACCUCAGGAGAAAGACAGACGACACAAUCUGAGCACAACAUUGAGCAGGAACACUCUCAUAGUGUGACAAUAGCCUCGAACCCGCCCUGUUGGAUCUAACUCCGCCCUUUCCACCAUACAGUAUGCGCCAGAUUAUUGACUUGAUAGACUGGAAGGACCUUGCCAAUGCUUCAUCUUUGGAUGCUAGAGUUUGACUAUUACUCCAAUGCAACUCAGGUUCAAUUUGUAUUUGUGUGUUGUAAUUAAUGUAUUGAUGCAUAUUUUUUGUAAACACUGAAACUUGCAAUUGUUCUGCAGAAUUUAUUUGCACUCUUCAAAUAAAAGUAUGAAACGCCAGCAUGUUUUU